UGUCCGUCGCUAGGGGACCUGCCGGCUGCGGUGCGUCCACGCUGGUGGCGCUGUUGCCUCCCUGCAGGAGGAGGACUGCAGGCGGCCGUGCAGUCGUCGCCACUGCGCGUCGCUCGACAUGUUGCAGCAGCAGCAGCAGCCUCUGACGGCCAACGGGGCCUCCAACGGCCGGGGCCUCGCCAUGAGCGGCCACCCGGGGAUGGCAGCCCUCGGCGCGGCGCACCGCUCCGACGGAGGCGAGCCGGGCCUCGACGGCGUGGAGAACGGCCACGAAGCCCGGCGGGACAUCGGCGACAUCCUGCAGCAGAUCAUGACAAUUACCGACCAAAGUUUAGACGAGGCGCAGGCAAAGAAACAUGCACUCAACUGCCACCGAAUGAAGCCUGCAUUGUUCAGUGUUUUGUGCGAGAUCAAGGAAAAGACAGGCCUGUCCAUGAGGAACAACCAGGAGGAGGAGCCCCAGGACCCCCAGCUGGUGCGCUUGGACAACAUGCUCCUGGCAGAGGGUGUGGCCGGGCCCGAGAAAGGAGGCGGCGCAGCCGCGGCCGUGUCGGCGGCCACCAGCUCGGGCGCCAUGUCGCCCGACAGCUCACUGGAGCACUCGGACUACAAAAGCAAGUUGAGCCAGAUUCGCAGUAUCUACCACACUGAGCUGGAGAAGUAUGAGCAGGCGUGCACCGAGUUCACCACCCACGUGAUGAACCUGCUGAGGGAGCAGUCGCGCACGCGGCCCGUCACGCCGCGCGAGAUCGAGCGCAUGGUGGCCAUCAUCCACCGCAAGUUCAGCUCCAUCCAGACGCAGCUCAAGCAGAGCACCUGCGAGGCCGUCAUGAUCCUCCGGUCCCGCUUCUUGGAUGCCAGGCGUAAGAGGCGCAACUUCAGCAAGCAGGCCACAGAGGUCCUGAACGAGUACUUCUACUCGCACCUGUCCAACCCCUACCCAAGUGAAGAAGCCAAAGAAGAACUUGCCAAAAAUUGUGGAAUCACCGUCUCUCAGGUCUCAAACUGGUUUGGCAACAAGAGAAUCCGCUACAAGAAAAACAUCGGCAAGUUCCAGGAAGAGGCCAACCUCUACGCCAUGAAGACGGCUAUAGGGGCGCGACAGGGCGACGACUCGCCGCACACUCCUAACUCCACAGGGUCAGGGUCCUUCUCGCUGUCUGGGUCCGCUGAUCUCUUCCUUGGCGUCCCGCCUGUGAACAGCGAACACUCUUCUUACCAAAUGGGAAUGCAGGCUAAUGGCAGCUGGCAGGCUCGCGGCUCGCCCCCGCCGGUCGCCUCCCCCAACAGCGACCACUCGGACAACUCGGACUGACCUGACCUCUCCCAUCCCCCGCCACCCCUCCCCCUUCCUCGGCAGUCACCACAAGAAGAAUGACAAAAAGAUUGACGGCGCGACAAAGACAGAAAAGAAUGACAUCACGCUCGCCUUUUUCCCCUCGUUUGGUUUUGAAAAGGUGCGAUCUUUUUUUCCGACUUCCUGUUCACGCUUUGCAUGUUGGUGUGAUUCUAUCAACAGGCAGCAGGGGGCGUUCUUUUCCACUACAUGUUACUGAGUGAGUGUGUACAGUAUGUAUGAUGAUAUAUUAUCAUUUCUAAGCACACUAUGUGGUUAUUAUUGCUGUCUUAUUACUAUUGUACUACAUAAAGUACUACAUUUUAACAGCUGAGAGAGAGAGAGGAUGCAUUUUGUGAGUGAGCGGAAAAUAGAGAAAAUCCAAAGACUUUGUAUGUUUGUUUCUCUGUCUCUUGUGUUGUUCUUUACUUAGCGGCUGGAGUGAGCGAGGGUGAGGUGAGUGAGUCCAUAAUCACGUUUGAAAUGAAAGUGUUUUUGUGUACAGUGAAACAUCUGUAUUCUCUCUACCUCUUUUACAAGAAAAACUCUGUAUUCACAACCAGGA